CCACUUCCCAGACUGGCUGGCAGCAGUAAAGCAUGGGACACAGCAUCGAGCGAAAAAGAUCAACGCGGGACUGAUUCGGUAUCAGUCCCUGAGGAUGGAGAUAGAGAAGAGGACGAAUGGGUUCGACUACCCGGAAAGAAGCAACGCCAAGCCGGUGAACGGCUUUUUUGGAGACCACUCUCUCGAGCCAGAAAACAGUGACAGCGUGGAUGAUGCAGCUGAGCAACGUACUUGCCUUAUCUGUGGAGAUAGAGCCACAGGCCUGCACUAUGGCAUCAUCUCCUGUGAAGGCUGCAAGGGUUUCUUCAAGCGCAGCAUUUGCAACAAGCGCGUGUACCGAUGCAGCAGGGACAAGAACUGCGAGAUGUCACGCAAGCAACGCAACCGCUGCCAGUACUGCCGCCUACUCAAGUGUCUACAAAUGGGGAUGAAUCGCAAAGCAAUCAGAGAGGAUGGCAUGCCAGGGGGGAGGAACAAAAGCAUCGGACCAGUUCAGAUCACAGAAGAGGAGAUUGAGCGCAUCAUGUCAGGGCAAGAAUUCAAGGAAGAAGCUCCGUGGGGCAACAACGGCGACAGCGACCACAGCUCUCCAAGCAAUGGUGCUUCAGAGGGUAACCAGCCAUCACCUGCCUCCACGCUGUCAUCCAAUCGCUCCGUAGAGAUGAACGGCUAUACAGCAGCCCUCAGAGACCAAUACAUCAACACCUCCAUGUCAACACACUACCAGCUACUUCCGCACCUCUUCAGUUAUGCUGCCCAGUCUGGCCUGCUAGCACCGCAGCCCCGCAGCCUUUACCCACAGUCCCAUCCACUAGUGCUGCAGCUGGUGGCAGCAGAAGACCUGGCACCCCUGGCUACCCCGAUGCUCAUAGAGGAUGGCUACAAGGUAACACAGGUGGAGCUGUUUGCCUUGCUGUGUCGCCUGGCAGAUGAGCUACUCUUCCGCCAGAUCUCAUGGAUAAAGAAGUUGCCUUUCUUUUGUGAGCUCUCCAUCGAGGACUACACCUGCCUCCUCAGCUCCACCUGGCAGGAGCUCAUCCUGCUCUCCUGUCUCACAAUCUACAGCGCACAGAUCUUUGGCAACCUGGCCAAUGUCACGGCCAAGUACACACCUUCUGAUGACGAGCUGCAGGGUUUUGGUGAGGAUGGCAUGGAGGUAAUGGAGAGGCUGAUAUAUCUCUUUCGCAAAUUCCACCAGUUGAAGAUCAGCAAUGAAGAAUAUGCCUGUAUGAAAGCAAUCAACUUCCUAAACCAAGAUAUAAGAGGACUGUCAAACGUCUCUCAGCUUGAGCAGCUGAACAAGCGCUACUGGUACGUGUGUCAAGACUAUACUGAGUAUAAGUAUCCGCACCAGCCCAAACGCUUCCCUGAGAUCAUGAUGUGUCUGCCGGAGAUCCGCUGUAUAGCAGGGAAGCUGGUCAAUGUCCCUCUGGAGCAGCUCCCUCUCUUGUUCAAAGCAGUCUUGCACUCCUGCAAAUCCAGUUUGACCAGCUACAGGACCGCCCCGUCACCCUGUGUGACCACCUCCUCUGGAAAUUAGAGGCCUUCCUGACCCUGACCUCACAACCUCCCUCCCCUAACCUCCUACCCCUCAAGGCGAGGGACUGGUCUCACCUCUAAUGAAUGUGACAAGCAGCUAGUUUGUUUUUCUUAAUGACUUUUUCUUUUUAUAUUUAUUACACGACAGAGCUGAAUGUAUGCUGAUUUACACUGUGCACAUGCUUCUGUACAAAACAAAUGCUCAUAGAUGCAUUGGUCUUUGGAGUUUACAAGUGUGUAUCCAGUUUGCUCAAUGCGUCAGUGUUGCCAUUGUUAGAACUAGACUUUAAAAAAAAAAAGAGUUUAUUUUAUUCAGAUGGGGGAAGAUAGACACGUGUUGACAAGUGUUUUGAGACUACCUCAGGAAGAUGUUAUUGCUAUUUUCGUGGUGUGAAUAAAAAGUUGCCCAGUCUUAUUCAAAAUUCCAGUGGAUGCUUUGGCACCUCAAUCAGAGUCUGGAUGUUCAAAGGAGCUGUGCAAAUCAAACAUUACGAAAUGAUGUUUUGUUACAUGGAAAAUACUAGAUAUUGAUAAGAUGAGCUACUUUAGCUGCAUGGAAUCUUAGACAUUUUGCCUUUGGGAGGCUUAACAUUCCAUGAGUGAAGGUGACAGCUAUUUGGAUCAUUUGGAUCUUCUUUGGAAAAGGAGUAUACGGGUAUAUUUUACAAUCAUAGACUGGGGAUGUAAGGCUUUAUUGCAAGGGUAAGGGAGGAUAGCUUGGUUUACUUUUUGUUUUAAUAUUUUGUUGUUUUUUUUUGACCAAAGUAUUAUGCAAUGCUUUUUUGAAAUGCCCAUUGAUGGGUAUGGAGCUGAUAGCUCGACAAAGACAUUUCUUGUCAAUGAAGGAUAAGUAUAAGAAAUGAAUCCAUUGUAAUCAGAUGGGAGACCCUCUGAUGGACAGAUGAGCACAUUGCCAGAUUUUCUCCUAAAUGCUGCUAAACCUGCACCCACAUACUGUAUGUGUUCAGCAGACUUGUUUUCCUAUCAUUUAGGGGAAAGAUGACAACUGAUGAGCAGUUGUGAUUCACUAUAUCCAUGAGCAGGAUGUCGAGAUGACACCUCUAACCCAUCAGCCUAGCAAUUUUGCUACUAGACGUUUAUCAAGUACUGUCGAGUCCAAUCAUAUUUUUGCACAGCCCCAAAACCUGAAGAUUAGAUUUGACCUGAACCUGCCUCAGGUACUGUCUAAGUGGUGCUCAGUGAGUUUGAUUGGGACGAUUGACUCCGCAGACUAGGAAAAUGAAUGUUUAUUAUGCGCUGUUCCAAGUUCAGCCAACAAGAUUGCAGAUAAUCAGUUUAUGAUGUGGUGAUGAUUUUAGUGUGAUUGAUUCAGUUUAGGGCAACGACUAGACUUCUGGCCUUUGCUCCCUGUGACGGAUAUGCACAUUAUUGUAGAAAAUGGUCUUUAAUUCUGGAACUGCUCCAGUGUCUUCUGUGAUUCCUCCAGUUUUUAGCAGUUUCAUUCAUGUGCAAAACCAUUUGAAACGCAGACAAAAAUGCAUUCAGUGCAAAGACUUUUUUUGUUUUAUUUUUUUUUUUGGUUGUUUUUUUUUUUUUUUUUUUGCACACAUCGGUGAUGUUCAGAGACCUUGACCUCGGCCACUGCCCACCCAGUGUGUUCCUCUCAGGUCCCUAUUGGCCUGGAUCGAAACAGGGUAAAGUGAGUGUUAUGUAUUGCAUUCAUGAGUUACUCCAGUGACCAUGCUGAUGUGUUUGUUGUGUUAGUAGAUUUAGUUUUCAGGAGGACAUAGAAGGUCCUCUGUAGGAAAAUGUUGCCGCUUGAUAUGCGUGAGGGUUAUCCCGCCUGCUUCAUGCAGGAAAAAGUGGAUGUAAUUUGAAAGUGAAACUCAAGGGGUUUGGGCAGUCGCAUCUCUGGAAAAUCAGCUUGGCCCAAGUUGCCCUUUUUAGCCACAUAUCUGUGUGCAUCUGCAGUGUUAACACCAUCAAAAGUAGCGCUGCAUUUCUCUUUCAAAUGCUUCAGUUCCCUUUUCAUCUUUUCAUUUUUAGACAUUUUCAUGUACAGUACCUAUGUAGUUAUUUGAAUGUUUUGGGUUGUUUUUUUUGUUUUUUUGUUCUCAUGUAUUCAUUCUUUUUGUGAAUUGAGGGUAACCUCUCAUUUUCUGUUUCUUAACUUUUUGUGGACUUGAUUUAAGACUCAUUCCCUUGUGCACAGUAGUUUAUGAAAGUGUUACUCAGGUGAUGUGAUGUCAGAUACAUUUUAUGAGACGUGACUGACAUCUUGGAAGCGUUUUUGGAUUACUUGAUAUUCUGAAAUUAGGUGUUUUGGGAUCGCUUAGGAUUCCUCUUUGUUUUUUUUCUCUCAUUUUCACCAGUGGUGUUGUUAUGCAAGUAUUUGUUUCACAAGUCCAGUGGAAGCCAUUUAGUUAGAUUCACAAUUUUUUUUUUUUUUUUGAGGCAAUAGUUUAACCCUACAAUAAAUAUCGUAAUUUCUCGAGUACAGAAGGCUCUUGUGUAUAGUACUUCCUCUCCAAAAUUACCUCUCAAAAUUAAGUGACUGUGAGUAUGUAUGUCUACAUCAACUUAAGUGGUGAUCACUGUUUUUGCACAUUACUUGAAGGCAAAUGUUUUCGUCCAUAAAAUCCAUAAUUUGGAGCGUCAUUGUGAUAUUUUCAUAGAUUAAAGUAAGCAUGAGUUGCUAUUUCUGCAUACAUUUUAGUGAUUAUUUAUUGCCCCUAUACAAUAUAAUAGCUAGUGUUGGGCAUCGAG